ACGCACGCUCGCGAACGCGGCGCAGGCCUUCGUCUCGAGCCGUCCCAUCCGUUACAAGUGCGCGGGCCGGCAGCUGGCGAGUUCCUUCUCCUUCUCGGCUUCUCCUUCCUGCCGGCCGCUCCUCUCGUGUCCGUUCCUGCCCUCUCGGUUCGUCUCGCACUGCGCCGCGCCAUGGCGCCUCGGCGGCGCGGGGCAUGUCCGGCUGCUGCCGUCUUCGUUGCGGCCGUGGUCGCCGUCGGCUUCGCGGCCGAGGCGGCGGAUAUGGUCCAGGAGAGGCUGACGGUGGGCAUGACGAUCGUCGCGGACGCCGCGUCCACGGGGGCAGUGUGCCUCGACGGGAGCCCGCCGGCGUACCACCUGCACCGCGGCUCCGGCGCCGGCGCGCGCAGCUGGCUGCUCCAGUUCGAGGGCGGCGGCUGGUGCAACGACGUGCGGUCGUGCACCGAGAGGGCCGGGACGCGCCGGGGAUCCACCCGCCUCAUGACCAAGGUCGAGGUCUUCUCCGGCAUCCUCAGCAACCGCCCGUCCAUGAAUCCAGAUUUUUACAACUGGAAUCGUGUGAAGCUACGUUAUUGCGAUGGUGGAUCCUUCUCGGGUGAUUCAGAAUAUAAAAAUGGGUCCUCAGUCCUCUACUUCAGAGGUCAGAGGAUAUGGGAUGCUAUUAUCACCGAUCUACUUCAAAAGGGACUAGCGAAAGCCAAAAAUGUACUGCUCUCAGGUUGUUCAGCAGGAGGCCUGGCGACAUUCUUCCACUGCGACAGCCUCAAGGAGCGUCUUGGAGGAGCUACCACGGUGAAAUGCUUGAGUGAUGCGGGAUUUUUCCUUGAUCUGACUGACAUUUCUGGCAACAACAAUAUGAGGAAGUUCUUUAGCAGCUUAGUUUCGUUGCAGGGAGUUCAGAAGAAUUUGAACAAAGACUGCCAGAAUUCAACAGACUGUCCAUACAUGUGUUUUUUUCCACAAUAUGCACUUCCAGACAUCAGAACCCCAUAUUUCAUCUUGAAUUCAGCUUAUGACGUGUAUCAGUUCCAUCACAUUUUCGUGCCCCCUUCAUCUGAUCCUGGGGGGCAAUGGAGCCGCUGUAAGAUGGAUCCCGGUGCAUGCAGCACAUCCCAGAUUGCAACCCUCCAAGGCCUGAGAAGUGCAAUGUUGACAUCUCUGAAACAGAUUGAAGGCGAACCAGAGGCAGGGAUGUUCGUAAACUCUUGCUUUGCACAUUGCCAGAGUGAGCUGCAAGACACAUGGUUUGCACCAGAUUCCCCAAUGAUACACGAUAAGAAAAUUGCAGAGGUGGUAGGUGAUUGGUACUUUGAAAGAGGUGCUGCCAAGGAGAUUGACUGUGCCUAUCCUUGCGAUUCAACUUGUCACAACAUUAUACCAUCUGAUCAGGAGUUGAGGAUGUAUUAGGAGUUUGGCAGAUGAUUAUGCUCACUUCUGAUCAUAAUAAAAAUGUUACAAUGAUGGAAUCUCAGAUGCUCAAAGUGGCCACCAAUUCUGCAGUAUUAGAAUUUGUCGAAAAAUGAUUAUUUACAUGUAUAUAUUGCUCAUUGCAUUACAAAUCAUUUGACACAAGGAUGAAAUUUGCCAUAUCAGUUUACAAGUCACUGAUACACGAGCUGUAAUGUGACGUGUGACUCUGAUUUCUCCACCAGAUGCAAUUUUGGGCUUUAAGAUGGCAGCCCGAGUUGCUAAAUUAA